GUUGUAUGGACUGAAGAUUGCCAGAAAGCGUUCGACAGUAUCAAAGAGUACCUGUUAGAACCACCAAUAUUGAUUCCUCCGGUUGAAGGAAGACCAUUAAUCAUGUACCUUACUGUGUUAGAAGAAUCCAUGGGUUGUAUGCUUGGACAACAAGAUGAAACCGGUAAGAAGGAGCAUGCCAUCUAUUACUUGAGUAAGAAAUUCACAGACUGUGAGUCUCGUUACUCCAUGCUCGAAAAAACAUGUUGUGCUUUGGCUUGGGCUUCAAAACGUCUCCGCCAAUACAUGAUCAACAAUACUACUUGGUUAAUCUCCAAAAUGGAUCCGAUCAAGUACGUCUUUGAAAAGCCCGCCUUAACAGGAAGGAUUGCCCGAUGGCAAAUGCUGUUAUCUGAGUAUGACAUUGAAUACCGUGCUCAAAAAGCGGUUAAAGGAAGCAUUCUCGCCGAUCAUUUGGCGCAUCAACCAAUUAAUGAAUAUCAAUCUCUCAAGUUUGACUUUCCUGACGAAGAUAUCAUGUACUUGAAGAUGAAAGAUUGUGACGAACCGUUACCUGAAGAAGGUCCUGAGCCCGGAUCAAGAUGGGGCCUAAUUUUUGAUGGAGCAGUAAACGCUUUUGGCAAUGGAAUUGGGGCAAUCAUCAUCACUCCCAAGGGUACUCAUAUCCCGUUCUCCGCCAGAUUGCUAUUUGAGUGCACCAACAACAUCGCAGAAUACGAAGCUUGUAUCAUGGGUCUCGAAGAAGCCAUUGACUUAAGGAUCAAAAUCCUAGACAUAUAUGGAGAUUCAGCCCUCGUGAUCAACCAAAUCAAAGACAAGUGGGAAACUUACCACCCUGGCCUGAUUCCAUACAGAGAUUAUGCAAGACGUCUGUUGACUUUCUUCAACAAGGUUGAAUUGCAUCAUAUACCUCGAGAUCAGAAUCGAAUGGCAGACGCCUUGGCUACUUUAUCUUCCAUGUUCAAAGUCAAUCAUUGGAACGAUAUGCCUACAGUCAGAAUUACGCGCCUUGAAAGGCCCGCCUAUGUGUUUGCAACUGAAGCAGUCAUCGAUGAUAAACCGUGGUUCCACGAUAUCAAACGCUUCCUUCAAACUCAAGAGUACCCGCUUGGGGCAUCAAACAAAGAUAAGAAAACUCUAAGGAGACUUUUUGGCAGUUUCUUCCUGAACGGAGACGUGCUAUACAAAAGAAACUUCGACAUGGUUUUGCUCAGAUGCGUGGAUAGACACGAAGUACAGCAACAAAAGAAGAAGCAUCUUGGAUUAAAACUCAUCAACACCGGGAAGAAAUUUGGCAACAAAGAAUCAUACAGAGGUUUCAAAACCGUGUGGCCAAAACAAGGCAUAGUAUGA